AUGCUCAGCAGUUGGUGCGACUGUGCUAGAGAAGAUGACGCCCUGGGGCUUGAACAAAAAAAAGCAUUAGAAGGCUGGUUCCGGAGCCGAGCAGCACAGCCAUCAUCUGAGGGUGAAGUAAAGAGGGUGGGAAGGAAGAAAUGGCGGCCCCAAGUCUGGAGGGUAAAACUGGAGGGCAGGAGCAGUUGGCAUGGGGAAGAGUUCAGUUGGCGGAAGAGAAGAGGGUUGUUGUCCUCUCCCUGUGUGAUGGCAUGCUGGUGGACCUGCUCCCGCAUUCUGGGCCUGAGCCUCGGAACUGCAGCCCUGUUUGCUGCUGGGGCCAAUGUGGCCCUCCUGUUUCCUAACUGGGAUAUGUCCUACUUGUUGAGAGGCCUCAUUGGCAGGCAUGCCAUGCUGGGCUCUGGGCUCUGGGGAGGAGGCCUCAUGGUAUUUACUGCUGCUACCCUGGUCUCCAUGAUGGGCUGGAGAUCCCGCUGCUUCAGUAAGAGUGCACCCUGUCGAAGUAUGCUCACUGCUCUGUUGUCAAGUGGCCUGGCUUUGCUUGGAGCCUUGAUUUGCUUUGUCACUUCUGGAGUAGCCUUGAAAGAUGGUCCUUUUUGCAUGUUUGAUGUUUCGCCCUACAAUCAGACACAAGCCUGGAAAUACGGCUACCCAUUCAAAGACCUGCAUAACAGGAAUUAUUUGUAUGACCAUUCACUCUGGAACUCUGUCUGCCUGGAGCCCUCAAAAGCUGUUGUUUGGCAUGUGUCCUUCUUCUCCGCCCUCCUGUGCAUCAGCCUCCUUGAGCUCAUCCUAGUAGUUGUUCAUCUCAUCAACAGCUUCCUCAGCCUGUUCUGCAGCCUCUGUGAGAAGUGA